CCCCGCCCCCUGCUCCCGGAAAAUCGGGCGAAGGACGCUCGCUCGCUGCUCUUAGCUUAUCCAAUGUCACGCCGCGAUGCCAUUUAAUAAUCCGUUCAGGCCCCCCCCCUUUCUGUGUACUCGACUCGCCACGCUCCUCCAGGUCUUGGAUGCUUGGCCGCCGACCCCCUUAAGAUGCCGUCCUUUGCCAACGUUGCGACUGCCGUGCUGGCAGCCGCUGCCUUUUUCCGGACCGGUCUCGCCCAAGACCCCGUGCCCUACACAGACCCCGAGACCGGGAUCGAGUUUGGAACAUGGACUCAAGGCGGGAUGACCAUCGGCCUAGCUCUGCCCGAGGAUUCUCUGACGAAAGACGCCACCGAAUACAUCGGGAUCCUGCAAUGCUCUACUGGUUGGUGUGGGAUAUCCCAUGGAGAGUCCGGGCAGAUGACGCAGGCCUUGUUGCUCGUUGCUUGGCCCUACCAAGAUCAAGUCUUAACGUCGUUCCGGUUCACGACCGGCUACAGCCUCCCGGGGGUCUAUAACGGAAACGCAACGUUGACCCAGAUCCGAUCUAGCGUCAACGCGACCGGCUUCGAGGUCAUAUACCGGUGCCAGAAUUGCUUUGCUUGGGACCAGGAUGGUGCGAGCGGCAGCGUCCACACUAGCAGUGGACUGCUUAUCAUGGGACGGGCAUCGGCUAAGACGGUUCCAGCGAACGCUGAAUGUCCUGUCAAUAUUCGAUUUGGACAGCAUGAUUCGUUUGGCCAGUAUGGUGCCCCCCUCGAGAGUGUCCCAAAGGCCCAGUACACCGAGUGGACCAAGCUGGCUACGAGAGUCGUGCCCGGAGACUGCGGUACUUCGCCUCCCGGCGAUCCCGGCUCGGGGGCCCCGGUUGCUUGUGCUGCCGAGAUGGCUGGUCAGACAUUCGACUACGUCGUCGUCGGCGCCGGCGCUGGCGGUAUCCCGAUUGCGGAUCGGCUGAGUGAGAGAGGCUAUAGCGUCUUGCUGCUAGAGAAGGGACCGCCAUCUACGGGAAUAUGGGGUGGAAACAUGAAGCCGCUCUGGCUUCAGAAGACAGACCUUACCCGGUUCGACGUUCCAGGUCUGUGUAACCAGAUUUGGGUCGAUUCAGACGGCGUCGCCUGUAGGGACACGGACCAGAUGGCUGGGUGUGUUCUCGGCGGCGGGACUGCCGUUAACGCCGGCUUAUGGUGGAAGGCCAACCCGAAGGACUGGGACGAGAAUUUCCCCCCUGGAUGGCGCAGCACGGAUCUCAGGGCGGCUACGGACCGAACUUUCCGGCGUAUUCCGGGCACCACGAGGCCAUCCCGGGACGGCAAUCUGUAUAUGCAUCAAGGAUUCGACGUCAUCGCCAAUUCCUUGAGGGCGGCCGGCUGGAGGAAUUUGCCGACCCCGAACAGCAAUCCGACCCUAAAGAACCACACUUUCGGCUCUACUACAUACAUGUUCUCAGGGGGUGAGAGGGGCGGACCGCUGGCCACCUACCUGGUUACGGCCGCCAGGCGGGACAACUUCGCGCUUUGGAUGAACACCCCGGCCCGGAGGGCUCUUCGGACGGGCGGGCACGUCACCGGAGUCGAGCUUGAUUGCACAGUAGCGGGUGGCGGGUUCGGUACCGUCAGCGUGACCCCCAACACCGGACGAGUCAUCGUUUCAGCAGGGACAUUUGGCUCAGCUAAGUUCCUUCUGAGAAGCGGAAUCGGUCCACAAGACCAACUCGAGGUCGUCGCUUCUUCUCCCGACGGGCCAAACUUCAUCGAAAAGGAGUCGUGGAUUAACCUGCCGGUCGGCGAGAACCUCGUGGAUCACGUCAACACCGAUACCUACUUUACCCACCCCGACGUAGUCUUCUACGACUUUUACGAGGCUUGGGCAACGCCGAUUGUUUCGGACAAACAACGAUAUCUCGCGAACCGCACCGGCAUUCUUGCGCAAUCUGCUCCCAAUAUCGGGCCCGUAUUCUGGGACGAGAUAAAAGGCGCGGACGGGGUAGUCCGGCAGCUGCAGUGGACGGCUCGCGUCGAGGGCGCCGACCAGACAGAGAGUAACAGUACCAUGAUCAUGAGCCAGUAUCUAGGUCGAGGGCAGACUUCUCGGGGUCGGAUGACCAUAAACGCUGGGCUGGGGACCGUCGUGUCGACGCCGCCGUAUCUCCGAGACGAGAACGACAAGGAAGCCGUCAUCCAGGGAAUCGAGAACGUGCGAAAAGCCUUGGGGGCCACAAAGGACCUCGUGUUCCGGCUUCCCACGCAAAACCAAACUACCAGGGAAUACGUUGAGCGUAUCGAGGUUACCUCGGCCAAGCGUCGGGCCAACCACUGGCUGGGGACGGCUAAACUGGGCCCGGACGACGGCCGCUUGGAGAACGGAACGGCUGUGGUAGACCUCAACACCAAAGUCUACGGGACCGACAACCUCUUCGUCGUCGAUGGGUCGAUCUUCCCGGGUAUGGUCACUGGAAACCCUUCGGCCAUGAUCGUGACGGCGGCAGAAUUUGCGGCGGACAAGAUCCUGGCUCUAAAGCCGCUGGUUCCCGUAAAGAUACCCAGGAACACCGGGGGAACAAUAAUAACGCUACUAACAGAAGGGUCCGAUUGAGAUAAUCGUAGACCUGGUAAUCAAGUCCCUCCUUCUUUGGGUCAGAUUCUUGUACAUAUAUGCCUGCGUUGCGGAGCACCCUACAAAAUUUGAGC